AUGGCCCAUCUACAAUUCUACAACUAUGAAGGUGUUGGCGAGAAGAACCAGCAAGACUACUGGUAUAGUCAAGCUGUCCGGAUUGGUGAUCGCAUCGAAUGCGCCGGUCAAGGUGGCUGGGAUCCUAAGUCCGGAGAGAUCUCCCAAGAAAUUAAUGCCGAGAUCGAUCAGGCCUUUGAGAAUGUCGACCUCAACCUGAAGCACGCCAGCGGAACCGGCUGGGACCAGGUAUUCCGGGUGAAUUCGUACCAUGUCCCGAUGGAUAAUGAAGCACUUGGGGCCAUGGUGCGCAACUUCAAGAAGUGGAUGCCGGGACAUCAGCCUAUCUGGACCUGUGUUGGAGUGCCGAACCUCGCCCAGGACAAUAUGCACGUGGAAAUCGAGGUGGUGGCCCAUGUCCCCUAA